GCUGCGGUAAUCGGCAUCGUUUUGCUCGUCACCCUGAUCAUCCUUCACCGGAAAGCUGAAUCGCACGCGAAGGCCCACGAAGGAAGCGGCGUCGAGGAGGACCUGAUAGUGUCCACCAAUCUGGGGCUCAUCGAAGGCGUGGCGCUGCAGGUGCUCGACAAGAAGGUGCUGGCCUUCUACGGCGUGCCGUACGCUCGACCGCCCGUGGGUGCUCGCCGCUACCGCGUGCCCCAGCGCCACGCUCCGUGGAAGGCCACCUUCAACGCCACCGAGAGAGAAGACGUGCGGUGCGCGCAAAUCGCCGGCGGCGAGUACUUCGAGCCACAAUCAAACGCGUCUGCCGAGGAGGACUGCCUUCACAUGGACAUCUUCGUGCCCAGCAAAGCCUACGACCGAACCUCUAAAGCCAUCGUCGUGGUGCUGCACGGCGGCGGCUUCCGCAAAGGUUCGAACCGCCACCCUCUGUACGAUGGCCGUUGGCUGGCCGCCUUCGGCGACGUCGUCGUCGCCGUGCCCAACUACCGUCUAGGCCCGCUGGGAUUCCUGCGCACCGGUGAGGGAACGCCAGACGCCACCGGAAACCAGGGACUCUGGGACCAGCUGCUCGCUAUGCAGUGGAUUCGCGCAAACGCGGCUUCCUUUGGCGCUAAUUCGGGCAAGAUUACGCUACUGGGCGUGGACAGCGGUGCCAUCAGCGCAGGUCUGCACCUCCUGUCGCCGCUGAGCCGGCAGUACUUCGAGCGCGCAGUUCUCGCAGGUGGCAGUCCUUUCAUCAUGAGCCGCUACAGCGCGUUCGCCGAGCUGGACGAGCUGCGCGAGCUAGCUGCCACCGUGUGUAAGGAUCCAUCAGCGCAUCCAUUCGCGGUAGUGGUGAAGGACGAGCCGUCCCUGAGGAAAUCGUCGAUGUCGUGCCUUCGCGCAGCCCCCGCCGAACACAUCGUUGACAACCUGGAUGAAUUCAACGGCGUGAGCGCGCGGCCCUUCGGUCCCAUCUACGGUGCGAACGACAGCGCUGAGGACGACUUCUUCCUACCGACAGCCGCUGGAGACUCUUACCUCCUUCCAGACGAAGAAGGAGUCGGCGGGCCCUUUGGCGGCAAAGCGUUGGUCCUCGGCUAUACGUCUAACGAGGGCGAGUAUUUUCUGCGCCAGUUCGUCGAUCAGUGGGAUCUAGAGAGCGCGGAUAACCUGCCUAGACCUCUGGUGCGUCUGCUGCUCGACAGGCUGGUGCUCCACUUUUUCGGCGAAGAGCAGAUGAGGAAGCUCAGCGAGCUGUAUUUCGGUGAUUUGCUCGCGGACAACGACAGCUCGACCUUCUCGUCGGCCGCCGACGCCUACUUGCAGGCCGCGUCGUUUCUUGGUGAUGUGCUCGUCAAGUGUCCCGCAAGAAUGAUGGCGGAA